UUCAUUGUUAGAGCGUGUUGACUGUGGUCCUACGGCCGCUCAGCCUCCUCCCGUCGUCGCCAUGGUGCAGAUGAUGGAGUCGCAGUGCGAGUAUUUCAUGUAUUUCCCGGCGGUGCCGAUCACGGACCUGUCCGACCCGGCCCGGUACCGCACGCUGCCCCGCAGGAGCCACCUGUACCUGGGCGAGACCGUCCGCUUCCUGCUGGUGCUGCGCUGCAGGGAAGCCGGAGCGACGCCGACCGAGCACGGCCCGGCAGGGGGCGCUGAUGGCACCGCGGCAGGUUUUGGGACGGAAUCGGCCAGCAGCCGGGCGUGGAGGGAGUUGGCCGGAUCUCUGUGCGCCGUGGCGAGCGUGAGUCCGGGUGAGAGCAGUCGUCACCGGGGCAACCACCAUCAGCAUCACCACGACUACCAGAGCAGCGGGGACGAGGCCAACGAGGACGGCGAAGAGGACUACAUCGCGGCGGCCGAGGCCGCCAUCGCUGCGCUCGGCAGCAGGGUGGACUCCCGGUGCCGGAGCUUCAGGGACUGCAAACCUCUGCUCAUCCACAACUCCUCUGGGACGGCGUCGAGGGAGUUCCGCAGGGCGCCCGUCCAGUCUCCUCUAGAUGAGCCGGUGGUCCUGACGGAUGAGGUCAUCUUCCCGCUCACCGUCUCUCUGGACAAACUGCCCGUCAGCACCCUUAAAGUCAAGGUGAUGGUCACGGUGUGGAAGAAGGAGGCGGAGAAAGUGGAGGUGCAGGAACUCGGCUACCUGAGCGUGCUGCAGCAGAGAGAGCCGACGCACACCUUCAGACACGACCUGAACACCUUCAAGGCUCAGGUGAGCACCACCCUGACCGUCCUGCCGCCUCCAACUGUCCGCUGCAAGCAGAUGACUGUUUCUGGAAAACACCUCGCUGUCUUAAAAGUGCUGAACGAGUCUUCUCAGGAGGAGGUGAGUAUUCGGGAUGUUCGGAUUUUACCGAACCUCAACGCCUCCUACCUUCCCGUGAUGCCCGACGGCUCCGUGCUGCUGGUGGACAACGUGUGCCAUCAAUCCGGUGAGGUCGGCAUGGCGUCCUUCUGCCGGGUGGACAGCCUGGCCUGCCGCCUUCCCAGCAUGCUCAGCGCUUUGGAGGAGCACGACUUCCUGUUCCAGCUGCAUCUCAACGACAUGCCGCAGGACGACUCCAAUGAGGGGCUGGAGGUUCCUCUGGUCGCUGUGCUGCAGUGGUCAACUUCCAAGAUGCCUUUCACCAACUGCAUCUACACCCACUACAGGUUGCCCAGUGUCCGUCUGGACCGGCCGCGCUUCGUCAUGACAGCCAGCUGUCCGAGCACCGUCAGGGUAAAGGAGCACUUCAAGGUCAAAUACGUUCUUCUCAACAACCUGCAGGACUUCCUGGCUGUGCGGCUCGUCUGGACUCCAGAGGGUCGAGGUCAGGGGGAAGACGCAGCGCUGUCUGCCGUGGUCUGUCACACCCCUCUCAGUAACCUGGGUCACUGCCGCAAAGGAAGCACUCUGUCGUUCAGCGUGGCCUUCCAGAUCCUCAAACCAGGACUCUACGAGCUGAGUCAGCACAUGAAGUUAAAGCUCCAGUUCACAGCGUCGGUGUCCAACCCUCCACCCGACGCUCGGCCCCUGUCACGUAAAAACAGCCCGUCCAGCCCGGCGGUUCGAGACCUGCUGGACCGACACCAGGCCAGUCUGGGGCGCUCUCAGUCCUUCUCCCACCAGCAGCCGUCUCGGUCCCACAUCAUGAGGACGGGCAGCGCCAUGGAGCGACGGGCCAUCACGCCUCCCGUUGGCUCUCCGGUCGGUCGGCCGCUCUACCUGCCGCCGCAGGACAAGUCGCUGCUGUCGCUGGACAAGAUCGCCAAGAGGGAGUGCAAAGUCCUGGUGGUGGAUCCUGUCAGCUAGGCGGCGAGAGGAGAGGCUUUUAUUUUGAUAGAGAAACGCUCACGAGAAGAGAUGACAAAGAACCUGACUUCAUGUUACUGCAGGAAACACUCCUGUGUUUGAUCAGCUGACCAAUCAGAACAACGAGGAAGAAGUUCAUCCUUCAGCUGAAAUAUUUCAUGUUUUAUUGUAUUUAAAGACACGUUGGGUUUUCCAGCUCGUUUCCUGGAAGCGUUCUUUAAAAUCUUAUCUUAUAUUUAUCUUUAAAGCAUCGUCCAGAUUGAGCCACUGAAUCGUUUUAUGCUCCAGGUGUGUUUUACAGCAUGAAAACUGCAAACACGCAGCUCAGCUCCAGGAAGAGCUGAGAAUUUAUUUUACAUUGUUUAGUAAAGUUUCCAGGAAAUGAGCUGGAAAGUGCCAAACCUGCAAAAUAAAGUGUUAGCUUUUUACUUCUGUGUUAUUUUCAGAGUAAAAGACAUUACAGGUUAAAAAUGUAUUGAACUGAGGACAGUCACAGGUAACGUUUUCUUUCAGUGUUAUUUCCUCCAUCGCGUCACAAACGGGAACUUCAGCAGAAUGUUGAUAAUAAAAUGAAUGUAAUGGUCCAGGCUGUUGUUGUGAGUCUGCAGACACCCGGCGCUCCCUCACAGCGUCCCUCUGAGGACACUCAGCCUGUUAUUAAAGAGCAGCACGAGUUGCUCAUGGUGUUCUGCUUCAUCCUGGUUAUGAUCUGGCGCACAUUAGCAAGACAAACUCAUGAGAACUCAACCUGAGAAAACUGGUUAUUUCUGGCUCUGGCUAUACUUGAUGUUUCUAUGGGAGGGGCUACUAGGGCCUCAGUGUCAGCUGUAGCUCCUCCCACUCCAGGUAAUAGCAGGGACCAUCGUUGCGUUAAUUUAUCGCAGUUCUUGGUUUAUCAUUAGUGAAACAAUAAGCUAACAGCGAGGACACAGAUGUAGUCAGAGUGUAUCUGCUGUUUCACUGCUAAAAAUCAACACGUGAGCAUUUCUUUAACGUCCGAGGUCACAUGAUGCACCCAGGCAUUUGAUUGGCUCUGCUCCGUUCUCUGUGCACUUCUGUAUUCGUGAAGACGUUUCAUCCAAGAAGCUUUUGCAGUUCAGGAAGGAUCUCAAAACCGGAUUACAGACAGUUGGUGUCAUAAGCCCCGCCUCUGUUCAAAGAUGGUCGCUCACAGUGGACAUAGAUGCUUCUUUCACUCCUCUUUCAAACCAUCUGUCUUCUCUGUCCAACAUGUGGACAUUGGCAUCCUCAAAGAGUGACCUUUGACCUUUAGAUGCAGAUGGGUUAGGGGUUGACAAUAUUGUUCAGUUUGUUUCUGAUCCUCCUUCGUUGGUGUUUGAUCUUGUUUUCUGUGCGUCUUUACUGAUUUGAUGAAAGCCCCGUUGGGAUAAGCACAUGUUUCUUUACACGUGUUCCUUCUGGUUCCAAGUUUGACAAUUUUAUCUAUUUUUAUUCAGUGAUGACAUCAUUGUGAUGAUUGGCUGUUACACUACCGUCACUUCACACCACACAUUUGCCUGUUUGAAACAGAAAAAUAAUGCAAAC